CUGGGAUUCUAGUUACUCCUCUCUGUCUCUCUCUAUUUCUAAUUUUAUCACUCCUUCUCUUUCAACCACAACUACUGAUCUCCAUCCGAAAUGCUAGUAAAAAAAAAAAAAAUGAUACUCAAAACUUCCCAGCCCCAUGAUUAACUCCUCUCUUCCUGCUCUCAGCUUAUUCUUUCCGGGAGAUGGGUAAAAAACGGAGUGGCUGGUUCUCGUCAGUAAAGAAAGUCUUUCAACCAUCUGCCAACAAAGAAUUACCAGAGAAAAAGAAAGAUAAUGUAGAGAAAUGGCAAUUACAAGAAGCUCCUGAAGUAGUUUCAUUUGAACAUUAUCCAGCCGGGAGUUCACCGGAUGUGACAAAUGAUGAGAGCACGGGAUCGACUACGGUGAGUAAUUCCGAGGACAAAGAUCAUGCAAUUGCAGUUGCUGCAGCAGCUGUCGCCGCAGCUAAAGCAGCAGCCAAAGUUGUUCGAUUGCCUGGUUAUGGCCGCCACUCCAAGGAAGAAUGCGCUGCAACUCUUAUUCAAUCUCAUUACAGAGGCUACCUGGCUCGGCGAGCUUUGCGAGCCUUGAAGGGCUUGGUGAGGCUACAGGCGUUAGUAAGAGGGCACAAUGUGCGAAAGCAAGCCCAAAUGACUAUGCGAUGCAUGCAAGCGCUGGUGCGAGUGCAGGCAAGAGAAAGAGCUCGCAGGCUGCAGUUGGCUCACGGGAAGCAUCACAAGAGAGGGGAAAAAGAAUACGGACACGAAGAAGAUGAAAAGCUGAACAAGCCUAGGUGCCCGUUGAAGCAAUAUGUAGGCGGUCGCCAUCAAAAGUCUGAGAAACUCAAUGAAAAUGCUUCAAGAAAACAUGAUUCUUUGAUGAAAAGAGAGAGAGCCCUUGCUUAUGCUUAUGCCUAUCAGCAGCAACAGCAACUCACACAACCUGACCACAAAAAUGGUGAAGAUGGCGUUGCACUAUACGGCCACGAGCGAGAAAGAGCACAAUGGGGAUGGAACUGGCUGGAGCGUUGGAUGUACGUGCAGUCCUAUAACGGCCAUCACGUACCCCAACAUGAAGCGUCUUACAUGACACUCACCACCACCUCCACAACCGACGACAUGUUAUCAGAGAAAACCCUAGAAAUUCAUUCUAGCAGCGUCGCCACCACUGCCAUGCCCAUGCAGCACAACCGCGACUUGCUAGACUCUAACUCUUACUCAACGCGCCAACUGCACCAAAAACAACCCGGCUACAUGGCACCAACACAGUCAGCGAAAGCGAAGGUGAGAAGUCAAAACCAUAGCCCAGGCACAAACAAACAAAGGCGUUCUCCCAGUUCACCUCAAUGGAACACAUCAACCAAGAAAUGUGCUUCAGUUUUUGGUUCAGGCUAUGAUUCUUCUUGCAUUUCUGGUGGUGGAACAGCAAGUUUUCAAGCUUCAAGGAGUCCAAGACAAGGUUAUUUUAAUGGGAUCCGGAUACAGGCGAGGCAGGUUUCUGAUGCGUGCUCAGAUUUGUCGGGCGGGGCUGAAAUUUGGGGCAGGCUGCCUCUAAGCAGUGGUAGUGGUGGUGGUGGUCAUGGUUGGAGGCAUGAUUUUGGUUGAUUGAAUUCAUUUUGAGUUUUUCUAAUAAUUUCUUUUAUAAUUAACAUUUAAUGUGAUGAAAUUGGAGUUGGAACAUGUUAAUUAUAACAUUACUAUUUAUUUAAUUAUUGGGAGGUGAAGAUGUUCUGAUUUUCCUAAA